AAAUGGUUCACUAGUGCUACGUUAUCGCCAUAUUGCCAACAAUAUAACCUUUCUAAGUGCCCCCCAAACUAUCGCGAUCGUAACGGGAAGAGGUGGCUAAAUGUUACAAAGAAUGCUCUUUGAUUGGUAAGAUAACAAACGGAAUCUCCACUUUGCUUAGUAUACAUUUCAAAUACCUAGGUACCAUUUUUUCUUCUUAUGAGUCUAUGAUAAGUACUUAGGCAGUCGAGAUUCCUUCUCUAGGUAUCGAGGGGCUUUGAGACUCACUCAUUUUUGUUCCACCGAUUUUAUCUGUGGAAGUUGGAGGACGAUGGCUUCGUCCCCAAUCCUUGGUCGUGAAACUCAUCGACCGGACAAGUCAUCUGCUUCGAAAGUGGUCAAUGACGGAGAUGCGGCUUCGGAGCGCAUCCUUGCUGGGGAAGAUGAAGGAGUAGUUUACAGCGCAAAUGGCGACGGGAAUGCCGCAGAGACUGUUGAAUCGCGCGAAAAACGUCUCAGACUCAAGGUCGAUUUGCGAUUAUGUACCAUCGCCGGUAUACUCUGCUCACUCAACUUACUCGAUUCUGGAGUCAUAAGUUCUGCGUCAGUGACAUCUAUGCCAUCUGAUCUGAACUUAACCGGCAAUCGCUUCAGCGUCAGUAUUUUCAUCUUCACCAUAUCCAGCAUCGCAUUCCAGUUACCCUCAACACUCGCUGUGCGCACAUUCGGCCCGCGACUAUGGUUUUCCUCGAUAACGUUCUGCUUCGGACUCAUUACCAUGUGCACGGCCUUCAUUCAAACCUGGCAGCAAAUGAUUGCGCUACGUGUGCUUCUCGGUAUAUCGAUGAGCGGCAUUUAUCCGGGUUUGACGUACCUCAUCUCGACGUGGUACCCGAGACGCGAGCAGCAGACGCGCUUCGCCUUCCUGCAGACUGGUGAAGUCGUUAUUCUUGCCACGGGCGGAAUCGUUAAUUUCGGGCUUAACCAACUUAACGGCAAAGGCGGGAUUGCAGGCUGGCGAUACAUGUUCCUAGUGCAGGGUUUGAUAUCCAUGGUCCUCGGAUUAAUGACAUACUUCUGGAUCGUCGAUUUCCCAGAAGAAGCGCACCGAUCCUACUGGUUCCUCACGCCCGAAGAACAAGACCUCGCGGUAGCCCGCAUCAACGCAGACCGCAAGGACGUCGAGCCCGACCCGUUCUCUUGGGGCAAAGUCUUCGUGCACGCGAAAGACCCCAAGGUCUACGGCUUCGCCUGCAUGUUCUUCUUGCUAAACCUAGUCUCCACCGCACUAUCAUAUUUCCUCCCCAUUAUCCUACAAAGCGGCAUGGGUUUCGAUGAGAACCAAUCGAUUCUACUCUCCGCGCCGCCGUACUACUACGCCGUUAUCCCAGUCCUACUAUCCUCGAUCAUCGGCGAUAAAUACCGUCUCCGCGGCCCUGUUAUAGUAUUCAACUGUAUAUCCCUCAUCGUCGGUUUCUGCAUGCUCGGCUUCUCGGACCAAGUCGCAGUCCGCUAUGUCGGGACGUACCUAGCCACAGGCGCAUACGUGAGUAACUGGGCUGCGCUAAGUGCGUACCAGGCGAAUAAUAUCGCCGGACAAUGGAAACGCGCGUUUACGGCUGCGGCGGUUACUGCUAUGAACGGUGCUGGGGGUAUUGCGGGGAGUUUUAUUGUGAGAUCCGGCGAGGCGCCGCAUUAUAUGACCGCGGUUUGGGUUUCGAUUGGUUCGCACAUAUUGAUUGUUGCGGUUGUGGCGGUGUUUACGGUGCACUUUUAUUUUGCGAAUAGGUUGGCUAAGGAGAGGAAGAUACUUAUUGAGGGUGUCGAGGGGUUUAGGUAUACGUAUUAGUUGUAUCGGUGGGCGUCUGAUGAGAUGGAGUAUGGUGCUGUUGUUUGCUUGCCUGCGUGCAAGUCGUGUGACUCGGAGUUUGCGCUGAGUUUACUUUUCGGAGGGCUUCCGAGCCUUGGGAUAGGAUGAUGAAGCUAGUGACGACGACACGUUUUACGAAUAAAGAGGAUAUCCGUGAGCUAGGUUUAUUAGGAUAGACUGAAAAGCAAGGGCUAGAAUUAUGGAUGGAUCAUUGAUACCCCUUUCUCUCCCAGAACGUGCUUUCUCCUGCUGUAAUGCCCGAGGUGCCGCGGGACCAGCCCCUAAAGCUUCGAACCAACCAGUAAUUACCUAAAGUCCGUUGGCAACUACGACACUGCCCUGCGCGAUAUAUCGCCUCUACAGUCCUCUUUGCAUUAUCACCUCUGCUUCAAAUUAUUUUACUCCCCAAUUUUCAGCAUUUUCUCGGUUGCUAUUGGAAUUUCACUGGUUUCUCCUAGUUAUUUGGUCGCGAGUCGGCAUU